CCUAACUUGCCAAUUUCCUGUGACGUUUCGAAUGACACGUGUAUUCAAGAUGGCGGCGGCGAUGGAGACGUGGGGGCUUCUGCUGCUGACCUUGCUACCCCUAGCCGGGUCUUUCUAUGUGCCUGGAGUUGCUCCUAUGAACUUUCACCAGAACAGUCCUGUAGAUAUUAAGGCUGUGAAGCUGACCAGCUCCCGCACCCAGCUGCCCUAUGAGUAUUACUCCCUCCCUUUCUGCCGGCCAGAAAAGGUGGUCUACAAAGGAGAAAAUCUCGGGGAGGUCCUGCGUGGAGACCGCAUCGUGAACACGCCCUACUCGGUGCUCAUGAACCAUGACCGCAAGUGUGAGCUGGUAUGUGGCAAGCCAGACCUGCCGUCGAAGAUGACUGUGGAGGAGAGCAAGCUGGUGGCCGAGCGGAUUCAGGAGGAGUACUACGUCCACCUGAUUGCAGAUAACCUGCCGGUAGCCACCCGUCUGGAGUACUACCCUAACCGAGAGGCAGGGGGAGAGGAGGAGAAGAAAGACCUGGUGAAAGAUGUUCAGUUUGAGCAUGGCUACAGACUGGGAUUCACAGAGAAUAACAAGUUCUACUUGCACAACCACCUCUCCUUCAUCCUGUACUACCACAGAGAGAAGGUGGAGGGAGAGGAGGAGGACAACUUCAGAGUAGUGCGCUUUGAGGUGGUCCCUCAGAGUGUUAGGACAGAUGACCUGAAGGCAGAUGACAAGGGAACAUGUGUCCUUCCUGAAGCCAGUGGCUCGGUCCCUCAGGAGAUUGACCCAGCCAAGGAGAACAGCAUCCUGUUCACCUACUCCGUGCACUGGGAGGAGAGCGAGGUGAAAUGGGCUUCCCGCUGGGACACCUACCUCACCAUGAGCGACGUGCAGAUCCACUGGUUCUCCAUAGUCAACUCUGUGGUGGUGGUCUUCUUCCUGUCAGGCAUCCUGAGCAUGAUCAUCAUCAGGACCCUGAGGAAGGACAUCGCAAACUACAACAGGGAGGAUGACAUUGAGGACACCAUGGAGGAGUCAGGCUGGAAGAAUGUCCAUGGCGAUGUGUUCCGCCCACCUCAGUAUCCCAUGAUCCUCAGCUCUCUGCUGGGGUCUGGCAUCCAGCUUUUCUGCAUGAUCCUUAUUGUGAUCUUUGUGGCCAUGCUGGGAAUGCUGUCUCCCUCCAGCCGAGGCGCUUUGAUGACCACAGCCUGUUUCCUCUUUAUGUUCAUGGGGUUGUUUGGUGGAUACUUUGCUGGCAGACUUUACCGCACACUGAAGGGCCACCGGUGGAGGAAGGGAGCAUUCUGUACGGCCACUCUCUACCCUGGUGUGGUUUUCAGUAUCUGCUUUGUGCUAAAUUGCUUUAUCUGGGGAGAGCACUCUUCAGGAGCGGUGCCCUUCACAACCAUGCUGGCUCUGCUAUGCAUGUGGUUCGGCAUCUCCAUGCCGCUUGUCUACCUGGGCUACUACUUCGGCUUCCGCAAGCAGCCCUAUGAUAACCCGGUGCGCACCAAUCAGAUCCCGCGACAGGUGCCCGAGCAGCGCUGGUACAUGAACAAGUUUGUAGGGAUCCUGAUGGCCGGAAUCCUACCGUUUGGGGCCAUGUUCAUCGAGCUGUUCUUCAUCUUCAGUGCCAUUUGGGAGAACCAGUUUUAUUACCUGUUUGGGUUCCUCUUCCUGGUCUUCAUCAUCCUGGUGGUGUCCUGCUCACAGAUCAGUAUAGUCAUGGUCUACUUUCAACUGUGUGCUGAGGACUAUCGAUGGUGGUGGAGGACCUUUCUGGUGUCAGGAGGCUCUGCCUUCUAUGUGCUGGUCUACGCCGUCUUUUACUUUGUGAAUAAGCUGGACAUAGUGGAGUUCAUUCCCUCCCUGCUGUAUUUCGGCUACACCGCCCUGAUGGUGUUGUCCUUCUGGCUGCUAACAGGCACAAUCGGUUUCUACGCUGCAUACAUGUUCAUCCGCAAGAUCUACGCCGCCGUCAAGAUUGAUUGAGCUGCUGCUUCUUUUACACUCACCCUUGGUUUGGUUACAAAAUUUUUUUUUUUUUUUGUUUUUUUUUUUUGUUCUUGUUUUGGUCCAUUUUUAUUUUAAAACACUGAUUACUUUUUUGUUUAUUUUGUUGUUAAUCGAGCACUGAUGUGUACACAGACAGAGCACGAGAAGAAUUUUUGAGAAACGUCUCCUCCUGUAGUUCGGAGCAGAGAACAGACAGGUGGAUUGUGCACAAGUUUCAGAAAUCCUGACUGUCUGUCUCCCUGUGUCUAUCUGUCUUUCUCACUGGCCUGCUCCCAGUCUCCUCCCCUUUGGCAAAGAGAAAACGUUUAUUUGGCUGGACUGUUUGUUUGUUUUUUUUGUUCCCAACUUUUUGUUUUGUUUGUAUUUGAUUUAUUUCAAUCUUGUCUCUACAUUGACACAUAUCAUGGGCCAAAGUGUGUAAAUCGACUCCGACUGUCUUGAUAGUUUUUUUUAAAAAAUUAUUAUUAUUAUUAUUCGUUGGCUCGGAAGAGGCAUGGACUCAAGGGUUUGGGGGAUUUCUUGGGGGUUGGGCAUAUUGUAUAAUUUUACAAAUGCAUUAUUUGUUUGUUUUUUAAAAUAUAUCUAUUUAAUUUGUACCUUUGCUAUAUGGCAGUUGGCCCGUGGUCAUGCUGAGAGUCUGCUGUUGUCGAUGUCAAUGAAAAUGAAGGGUUGGUAGAUGAUGAUGAUGAUGAUGACGAUGAUGAUGACGACGACGACGAUGAUGCAGCAUUAAUGGACCUGAAUACGGGGAUAUGCGUGUUUGUGUGUUUUCACCAUGGCCUCCAUGGCAUUACUACUCUUAAUAAUGUCACAGUUGCAGUUUCAAAUGAUCCAGCUCUUGAAAGUAGAGCGUGUGUGGGUGGGUAGGGGUUAGAGGGGUGUGUGGGUGGUAGACCAUACGUUAUAAGACAUGUUGGUUGGACCUGUUUCCACUAUCCACUGUUAUUGAUAUGUGAAGAUUAACAUACCACAGUUAUGGACAGCAGAACAGAGGUGCUGGACAGUGACACCCAGUGCCAUGUUUGUGUUAAAUACUUUUGUCUUUAAGAAUUUAGAAAUACCUGUUUGUCAUAAAAACAUACAAACAUACAUUUAUUAUACAGCUCAAACAUUCUGUUGAUAUUUCAUUGGAAAAUGCUACACACACACACACACAGAGAUCAUGUAUAUGCUUGGGUUAAGGUUCUUUUAUAAAGACCUAAAUAAACCUGUGGGAUGUGA